AUGGAUUCUUCAUCUCAUCUUUUGUCGCUGCUGGCUAUUUUUCUGGCCUGUGCGACCGUUGUCAACGCUAUCUGCGUCGUCUUUUAUCGUCUCUUCUUCCAUCCUCUGGCUAAUAUCCCCGGUCCACUCUUUGCCAGAGUGUCGUAUUUCUAUUCCUUUUGGUAUAAUCUGCACAGAGGACGGUUUUAUCUGCAGGUGCACAAAUUACACGAAGAGUAUGGCCCUAUUAUCCGCAUCACCCCCAAUGAAAUCCACCUCAGCGACCCAGACAACUGCGAAAAAAUCUACCACGUCGGUUCACGAUACGGCAAGAAUCCAGGCUUCUACGGCGCAUUCGGCACGAAGAAGGCCACUUUCACCACUCCCCAUCCAGACGUACACCGAGUGAAGCGAUCCGCUCUCAACCCCUUCUUCUCGCGCAAGAGAGUUCUAAAUCUAGAGGAGAUUGUGCAACAAAAGGCUCGAGGAUUGGUAUCUCGUAUGAGAGCUGCGUUCGAAUCAACAGGACGUAUCGAUCUUCAUCAUGGAUUCCGCGCGAUAUCCGUCGACGUCAUUACGGAUUAUGCAUUUGAUCAUUCGUAUGACUUUUUGAGUCAGGAAAACUUUGGCGUCGAGUUCUUUGAUAUGAUUCGCGAUUUUGGGCCGGCGUUUUGGUUCUUUCAGCAGUUUCCUGCUGUGCAGCCUGUUGCGCUGGCUACGCCUUUCUGGGUGGCCAAGUUGGCUAGUGGGGCGUUGACGAGGAUGAUGAUACAUCAUGAGAACUCUCGAAAGCAGAUUCUCCGAGUCAAAGAAGAGGUGGAUACGGGGAAGAAGAUAUCUCGGGCGACUAUCUUCCAUCAACUUCUGCAGCCGGAUGCAGCCGAGGGAUAUGUUGUUCCCACGGUUGAGGAGCUCAAGGACGAGGCGUACAUUCUUGUUGCUGCAUCGGCGGAUACCACUGGCAAUGCGUUGACUAUUGCUGCAUAUAAUGUCGUCACCAAUCCGAAGAUAUAUGAACGUUUGACGGCAGAGUUGAGAGAAGCGUUUCCUGACUCGGAAGAUAAUUUGGAUUUCACAACGUUGGAGAAGUUGCCAUAUCUGACUGCAAUCAUCAAGGAAGCUCUCCGAUUAUCAUGCGGUGUCCCUGGUCGACUUCCACGCGUUGUCCCCGAGUCUGGCGCAGAGUUUAACGGCCACUUUCUUCCUCAUGGAACCGUUGUCAGCAUGAGUUCAUGGACAAUGCACCACAACGAAGACCUUUUCCCUAACUCUGAAACCUUUGAUCCAACCCGCUGGACGGAUCCAGCCAAGGCGAAAGCAUUGGAUAAAUAUCUAUUCUCGUUUGGAAAGGGCUCGAGACAAUGUGUUGGCAUGCCACUUGCGUAUUGUGAGCUUUAUGUCACGCUCGGUCGGGUGUUUCGAGAAUUUGAUGACUUGAAGACGAGAAAGAAGGGUGAGGGGGAAAUGAUAUAUGAUGAUUACUUUUCUGCGUAUCAUCCAGAGAAGUAUAAUAAGUUUAUCUUUGAGAGAUCGAGCUGA